AUGGCACUGAUUCCUCCUGGCAAAACCCCCAUUAGUUUCCUGCAGGAAAUUAGCACCAAAAGGGGCAUAACUCCACAGUAUGACCUGCUGGCUAAUGAGGGCGCUGUGCAUGAACCUGUGUUUAUCAUGAGAGUGACUGUCGGGGAUGUGAUAGCCACAGGAAAAGGAACCAGUAAGAAGAAGGCCAAGCAUGGAGCUGCCUUGGCUGCCCUCCAACAUAUCCUGGGACUGGCCGAGACUCAGACACAGGAACAGCAGGUGCCCCCCGAGCAGGGACAGCAGCAGUCAGGUAACUCAAUGGAGGUAGAUGUACCAGGGAACCCUGUGGGAGAGCUGCAGGAGUUCACCCAGAAGAAACUGAUCAAGCCCCCCAUCUACGAGUUCGGGAACGAGGAGGGUCCCCCACACAAUCGAGAGUUUGUGUGUACAGUCAAGCUGGGAAAAUUCACAGAGAAAGGCACUGGAAGAUCAAAAAAGACAGCGAAGCGAUCGGCUGCCAGUGCCAUGUUGGUCCACAUCAAGAACAUCACCCAGGACGGGGAGGAAGAGACGAAGAUUGAGGAAUCGGAGGAGGAGGACGAAAUCCCAUUGGUUAGAAUUACUCACACACACUCUUGUAUCAAUUGA